GUACGGUGUUGUAAUUUAUCGUAAUUUAUUUUAUCUCGAUUUCUUUUUUAUUUUUUUUAUUCCCCCCUUCCCCCUGGCCCCCUUCUCCGUCCCCAUCCAAGUGGGGCGUCACCACAUGCUACGUUGUACGCCUCUAUGUCUGUAUGUACAUCCAUAUGUCUUGUUGCUGCCGGCGACCUCCCCUCUAUCCAACUGUCUGGUUCCUGUCGAGUCGGACCUUUGCGAGUUGCCUCUUUUAACGAUACAUACGGUGUCUCUGUGUAAUGUCCCCGACCUGAUGGCUGCUACGAGGUCUCUGUCACCCCCUUGUGACGACCCAACUCCUCGGAAUCAGACUCGCUGCGGUAGGGUUUGGAAUAUUCCGUUGGCCUUCGACUACUGGUCCUCUCUUCGACCCGUAGUUGCUGCACGCUCUUGUGCCACUUUGAUAAUCUCUAAUCCAUGGGCAUUCGGGCCCUAACGAAUGGCCCCGCAACCUCUUGUAGGACUCGCCGACGCAUGGCCGCCCCCAGAGACAUUAUCGAGCCGAUCGCUUUGGCGCCGAGUCGGUGGAACCUCAUCGUCACCCCCCAUCAUUUGCAAGUCUGUGCCAGUAUCCGGCCCGAGCCCGUCGAGUCGGGUUCGCAUAGGUGUAUACCUUCGUCGACGUCGCCUAACGAGGGCACUGGCGAACCCG